AUGCUCUACGAUGUGCUGGAGCUUCUGAUUAACUACCUGCAGUACCUGUACCUCACUGUGACGAUUGCCCCAAGUGUCUUUCCUGCUCUCUACAGCUCACCAUUCCGUUUCGUGGAUGCGGUGAUGCAGGCUCUCUCGUACACUGCCGCCAGCAGUGGCAGUAGUAGGAGCAGAAGCAACAGCACCACUGAUAAUGACAGCAGCAGCUUUGCUGGUAGGGGUAUGGAAGGGAUGCGCAAGGUGUCACAGCACGCUGGUGCACUGGGGAUCAGUUUGCCGGCAUGGAUGCCGCCGGAUCUGCGUCUGUUAUUCGCCGCCACGAACGUUCUCGCUCCCCUCGUCCUCGUGCUGCUCUCCGCGCUGCUUCUUGGACCUCUUUACUUUACACUGUUCGUCUAUCUUCUCUGUGCAGCUGUCUUCUGUACGGUGGCGGGUGGUCUACUGCUGCACGAUCGCUCUGCACUGGAACUGUGGCACAACAUGACAACUCUUUCAACGCUGUUGCGGAGUCUUUCUUUGCGUGUGAUAAUUGUAGUGACAGUCGUGAGCGCGUCUGUUGUGGUGUUUCUCCUCCUCGUUGGCGUCAUCCUUCGUAUUGUGUGGGGGACCCGUGACCGCGCACGGGUAUUGGAGCGGUUACGACACAUUGAGAAUGCUCCACGCCCUGUGGAGGAGCGCGUCGCCGAGGAGCUUCUGCGCGCGGACGUAACUAUUCAGACUCCCACUGCCGCCACGACUCGUAUUGGGGGCAACGAGGAGAUGGAGGAGGACGUGGCGGUGCAGCGUGCCCAGGCGGAGCUGGCGUACCGGCGAAUGCACUGGCGGCGGCACAAGGAGACGAAAACCUUCUCGCUUGCGUGGACGAUGCUGAAGGCGGCCGUGGUGGUCAUCUGCGUUACUGCCGCGUUCCUCUUCGCACGUGUGCAGAAGUCAAAGACACUGGAGCCGAUUCAGAGCAGCCCUGUCUUUUUUCCCCUCGCUGGAGUGCUGUUUUUCCUGGCACUGCUGUUCGCGCUCUCACUGGGAUUAGGCGUGACGCGGCGAGGGCGGGAGCGGUUGUUCGCCAUUAAGCUCUGGCUGCGCUACACGUUCCUCUGGGUGGCAUUCCUUGCCGUUUCGUUCAUGUACACGCCCAUCCUCCGAAACGCUAUCAACCUCUUUCCCUGCGACUCAAACGACUGCACAGUGGUGGAGAGCAGCAGCAGCAACGGUUGCAGUGACAGUAGUGGGCAGAACUUACCAAAGAGGAGUGCAUGCAUUUCGACUGCUGGAACGUACGGCACAACAACGGGGGUUCCUCGCCUCUCUGCAGACGCGCGCGUUCCUUGUAGUGGCGUGGAUGGCUUAUUGUUGUCGUCAGCGAUUCUCACAUCAAUUACAUACGCCGUGUUUUUCGCCCUCCUAUACGGUCUCGUCACACGGCAGGUGUUGCAUGCCUUACAACAGUACCCUCUGGCCAACAACGCAGUAGUUGCGGAAUCACCUCGAAGAGGCGAUCACACGCACGANGCGGGAAAGACUCCUGGUGGUGGCGACGCCGCUGCCACAUGUGCCUCUCUGCCACGACGUCCUCCCUUUGCUAUGGAUGCGACAAUCUCCCACAUGGUGCGACGCAGCAGGAGAAGAAGCAGGCGGCAUGCAGCAUACUACGAGCGUGUGCGUGCCUCGACAAACGAGGCGCAGUUCCUGUACGCCCCGUAUACACGUCGGUUCCGCUACUUUAAGCUUGUUGUGCUGGCACAAAAGACGGCGAUGGUGCUCUUCUCUACGGUGAUGCGAGAGGGCAGUGGAGUGGCGCGCCCGUGGACAGGCUUUACUGCCUGUCUGCUGCUCCACGCCGGGAUUGCUGUUGUCCUCGUUGUGUGUCGGCCGUACGCUGAGCCGCUGGAGUUUGUCGUGAGCCUCGUGCUGCAGGUGAUGUUGUCCGUGGUGGCAACGAUGGGGCUAGCGUCUGGAGCUCUGCCGGUGGCGUUGUGGUCGGUGGUGACGUCGUGUCUCUUUGUCGUGCCGUGCGCGGGGGUCGUGGUGGGGGGCGUCCUCACGCUUCGGCGCCGCUCUCGGCAAAACAGGCAACCUGCACAGCCAGCAGAAGAAACAACAACGGCUCGAAUGAAGAAGAAGGAGGAGGAGGACGACGACGACGACGAGAGGGAGUCGCGCGGCGUACGGCGUUCUUGUGUCGGUUGCUGGGCGGCGCUGGCGCGGUGCUUCCGGAAGAAACGGCCUGGCCUUUGGUACGAGCGGUUUGGCGAGGAGCGCUUGCCGCAGCACGUCUUUGUCCCCGCGCUCUACUUCGCGGGGGUUGGCGGCGGGGCGCACGCACGGCGCGGUCUCGUGGGUGGCGGAAGCAACGGCGGCGACGGUGCGCGGG